AUGGCAAAAGUCGUGGACUUCUUUGCUGAUAAGAUUGCUGCCAAUAGGGACGCGAGGGUCGGUGAAGAAUUUACGAAGUUUGUCUCCUCUAAACUCCAACACUACACGGGGAUUACGGGCAGGCUCAGGCAAUCAGGUGAGGAAGAGGUGUCGCUCCCCGACCAAGACAAGUUCGGGUCUCUGGAUCGUCGGGAGACUGCUCACUUUCUGCCUCUUCAUGAGCUGAAGGGAUACUGGAACAAUGGCCGGAUCCGAGAGGUUUGCCAUUCAUAUCGCCCAGCGCUACACACCGGGAUAGAUACCAUCAAGUCACACUCCAUACGUCUCUUCUCCCUGCUUGUCUACGUUGACAAGGCUCAGUUCUUAGACCUAUUCAGCCAGAACGAUGUAACCGAUGAUCACCUACCAUACUCGACGGCGCCAAGCUUUCUGUCGCCACCGCGGUGUCGAGACUUGGUCAAGGACUUGCUCCAGUAUCAAUGGAUGUUCUUCCCGCUUGUCCUAGAUCGAACGAGGCUCAACGAUCUAUGUCUCCAGGAAGAUCAUAUCCUACCUUUCCAGCAUGUGGAACAGCUGAGUAAUCACCUCUCAUCCGAGGUGUACAAGGUUACGGUGCUCAGGUCGUGCGAUAAGAUGACCGAGCCUUCUUCAUCGAUGCAGAGCAAAGAUGAGAAUCAGAUUUAUGUGAUCAAGACUUACGACACAACUCUCACAACAUCCCGUGACGAGGCCCUUGCACUGAGGACACUCCAACAAGCAAAAAGCAAGAAUGUUAUAGGUUACUAUGGUUCAUUCCAACAGAACGACCGCCGGCAUCUAAUCCUACAAUUUGCCGACAAAGGAACUCUGACAGAGGUGCUGAAGGGCCCUCCUCCAGAUGGUCUCGAUGGCAAAGAGCAAUUUUGGAGAAGCUUGUUCCAAAUAUUCAAGGGGUUUACUGUGCUACAUCAUCUCAUGUUGAACAGAGAUCAUAGUCUUGUCUUCCGUGGUAUUCAUGAAGAUGUCAAACCAGACAACAUUCUUUUGAGUCAAGGGGACACCGGUUCUCCAUAUGACUUCAUCCCGAUGGUUGCGGAUUUUGACCGAAGUGAUUUCGUAUCAACAAGUGCUGAAGACCCAAGCAGACACGGGAUUGAUCAUGGAGGCAAUCCGACUUAUGUAUCUCCCGAGGGCAAUAAGAUUUCUCUAUGGCGAAAAGGACUUCCUAACAACAUCACCUCAUUGGCGGACAUAUGGUCACUCGGUUGUGUCAUCAGUGAAGCUGCUGUAUGGCUAACCCUCGGGCAUGAGGGCUAUGUCGAGUAUGAUGUUGCUCGUCAGCAAGAAAUGGCGCUUCUUUCUGGGAUCCGAGACUGUGGCCCACAAAAUUGUUUCCACGACACCGUCAAGCGCCUCAAAACAGUGGAAGAAUUUCACCGUCGCGUUCGAGAAGCCGCAGAGCAAGUGGGAGACAUCUUCACGCCAAAGGUUCUAAAGCUAGUGGACGACUUUAUGCUGAGGGAUCUUGCAAACGAUCGAUACAGUGCGUCAGCAAUCUACGAUACAUUUGUACAGGAGAUGGGUCCUCCAAUCAUUGUCGAGUCCGACGAGCCGCAGGCUACUACAGGGCCGGAGCGAACCUCCUCACUCCACUCUCGAGCUAGCUCGGCGACUGAGCUCAAGAAGAACACCAUCAAGGUCUUCAAAGAUCUGGCUGCUUCUGAUAAAGCUCAGAAGGUCCGGAAAAGUGUGGUCACCGCAAAGGGUAUAGUUCAAAGCCGGAUCUCACGGGCGACCUUACAAACCGAUUCAGAAGCAUCGUCUCGAAGACUUUCCGGUGAGACUCUUACACCCCCUGUGUCACCAGAUGCGGAGCCUUCGAGUACAUCCUCCCCCAUAAUCAAUCGACGACAACCCAGUCGAAGUGUGAGCACGGAGAUGGCAAAAUCGAUGUCGGACCUCGGUGUCAAUCCCAUUCCGGAUGACAACGAAGAACCACCUGUUUCUCUUAGAGUCGAACGCCCAGAUAGACUGUCAAUUCCCUCUCGUAAACGUUCCACCUCGAAUGCUAGUCUUGCGUCGAACAGUGCAGAGCUGAAUUUGACCAUGGACGAAGCACGCGAAUGGCGAAGGAGCUCCAAGAGCAGCGAGCGACCCGAGUUUCUGACAGAUAGAAUGGUGGCAUAUCUCCGAGGGAAUCUUUCUGACCGCGAGCACCUUUUCUUGGUCGACGAUUCCUCGACAAUGAGGCCAUACAAGGAAGCGGUUAUUGAUACAGUCAGGAAUCUGGGAUACAUUGCCAAGAAGGGGGAUCCAAAAAAGAUGUCCCUCGCAUUGGCAUCAACCAUCAAAACAAAGAUCCACAGCUUUGCGAACACUGAGCCGUUGGUGGAUGUGUUGAACGACUGCCCUUUUGACCAAUUCGGCCACUCCAUGGAGAACACCUUCUACUGGCUAGUAGACAAUUUUGUCAAGGCCCGACUGCCUGAUCGGACCGGGUCCAAAGCACCCAUCAAGAUCUUCGGUCCGAAAGCACCGACGCGAAAUCCAGUCAGCGUCAUAGUGUUUACGGAUGGCUGCUGGGGGCACGAUGAAAAAGGUGCUGCGGGAGUUGAGCACCAUAUCAAUGAGCUUAUAAAGACCUUGGAAGGAUUUAAAGCUCGUCGAACAGAUCUCAUGAUCCAGUUCAUUAUGUUUGGCAACGAUGAGUCUGGUAUUAGAUUCACCCGACACCUGGUUGAUUUCGCACGGUCAAAUAGCAUGUAA